AUGCCUUAUAACACCACUGCUAUUCCUCCUCGAAAGGAGCCUACAGGCCAGAAUCAGCUUCCUCUCUCUAGAGUUAAGAAGAUCAUCGCACAAGACCCAGAUAUCGGUCUAUGCUCUAACAACGCAGCUUUCGUGAUAACUCUUGCUGCCGAAAUGUUUGUUCAGCAUCUCGCAGAAGAGUCACAUACCCAAGCCAAGCUAGAUCGCAAACCUCGUCGAAACAUCCAAUACAAGGACGUCGCAAGCGCUGUUGCACACCAUGACAACCUCGAGUUUCUUGAAGACGUUGUACCAAAGACUGUUCCCUACAAGAACAUCAAGGCCAAGGCCAAGGCCACGCAGGCACGUCUCCAAGGUGACAAUACCAAUCAGAAACUUGAAUUUUCCUUGGCAAACGGCGCCGGCAAGCCUCUUGUGAACGGCAACUCCAUGGGUCAUCAUGAUAGACAGGACGACCCGAACUCGCAGCUGGAGUUGGAGUUCAGACAGGCUUCUGGUGCGAAUCGGGAUGGAGAUGUAGCAAUGACUGGCUAG